CUGUGACUGUGUGCUUUUACUUUGAGUGUUGUUUCUAAACUCCAGCUGAACAUCUCCGAACAUCACCGACCUGACAACGAGACGAAAGGAGUUUUAAAAAAAGGAAAAUAAACCCACUGAAAUCCUCCUGAGAGAAGAGAAACGGACAUUAAACCAAACACAUUUCCAGGGGGAUGGUGGUUCCGUACGAGGGCCAGUCUUUCUCUGCACUGAGGAGCCAGUGCCAGGACAAUGGGGUUCUGUUUGAAGACCCUCUGUUCCCACCUUCCGACCAGUCUCUGUUCUACAAUAGCAACCGCCUCGGCCAAAUCACCUGGAAAAGGCCUAAGGACUUAUGCAUCGAGCCCCAUCUAUUUGUGGAUGGCAUUAGUGCCCACGACCUGCACCAAGGCCAGCUGGGAAACUGCUGGUUCGUAGCCGCCUGCUCCAGUCUGGCCUCCAGAGAGGCACUAUGGCAGAAGGUGAUUCCUGACUGGAAGGACCAGGAGUGGGAUAAAGAAAAACCUGAGUCCUACGCCGGGAUCUUCCACUUCCGGUUCUGGCGGUUCGGUGAGUGGGUGGACGUGGUGAUCGACGACCGGCUGCCCACGGUGAACGACGAGCUGGUGUACUGUCACUCCAAUGACGUCAACGAAUUCUGGAGCGCGCUGGUGGAGAAGGCCUACGCCAAGAUGUACGGCUGCUAUGAGGCGCUGGACGGGGGCAACACGGCCGACGCUCUCGUGGAUUUCACCGGGGGCGUGUCGGAGCCAAUGGACUUGGUUGAGAUUGGAUUAAUCGAGGAUAAAGAGUUGCUCGACGAGCUGUUUGAUACAGUCCUAAAGGUCCACGACAGAGGAGGCCUCAUCAGCUGCUCAAUCCGGGCAACCAGUGAAUCAGACAUGGAGGCCAGGCUGGACUGCGGGCUGGUGAAGGGCCAUGCCUACGCGGUGACAGACGUCCGGAAGGUGAGGCUGGGCCAUGGCCUGCUGGCCUACUUCAAGUCAGACAAACUCAACAUGAUCCGCUUGAGAAACCCCUGGGGACAGAGAGAGUGGAACGGGCCCUGGAGCGACAGCUCUGAAGAGUGGCUGAAGGUCAGCAAGAGUGAGAGGGAGAAAAUCGGAGUCACUGUGCAGGAUGAUGGAGAGUUCUGGAUGACAUUUGAUGACUUCAUUGCUAACUACACAGACAUGAUCCUGUGUCGUCUCAUCAACACAUCCUACCUGAGCUUCCAUAAGACCUGGGAGGAAGCCGUGAUUCGGGGCUCCUGGCGCCAACACGACGACCCACUUCACAACCGAGCCGGCGGCUGUGCCAACAACAAGUACUCCUUCCUCCAGAACCCACAGUACAUGUUUGACGUGAAGAAGCCGGAGGACGAGGUUCUGUUCUGUCUGCAGCAGAAAGACCGCAGAGCCACACUGAGAAGUGGACGAGGAGAAAACCUGCCUAUUGGCUUCGACAUACACAGGGUGGAGUUAAACAGGACCUACCGUAUGCACGCCAUCCAGCAGAAGGUUGGUGGGAGCAUCUACAUCAACUCGAGGUCUGUGUUCUUACGAAUCGACCUGAAAGAGGGGCGGUACGUCGUCAUACCCACAACCUUUGAACCCGGCCUGGAGGGAGACUUCCUGCUCCGCAUCUUCACAGACGUGGCCGCCGGCUGCAAGGAGUUGACUCUAGAUGAGCCUCCACAGACCUGUUGGUCUGGAAUGUGUGGUUAUCCUUCUCUGGUCACUCAGGUCCACGUAAUGAACGCUAAUGGACUCAUAGGAAAAGACUCUGAAGAAGUUUCGGACCCCUACGUGAUCAUUCGUUGUGAAGGAGAGAAAGUUCGCUCUCCGGUCCAUAGCAGCACACGCAGCCCCGUCUUCGACAUCAAGGGGCUCUUCUACAGGAAGAAAGCCAGACAGCCAAUCAGCAUCGAGAUCUACAACCACAACACGUUUGUGGACUCCUUCCUGGGUCAGGUGACAUUGCCAGCUGAGCAAGGCGACUUCCAGCAGACGCUCCACCUGAGGGACAAAGGUGAUCACCGUGACAACGACCUUCCCGGAACCAUCACUGUCGCCAUAGUAUCCACUACGUUGCUCACCAACAUCUAAACCGUCCAGCCAGGGUUGAUCCAGCUGUCCGAUCUCCAUUAAAGUUUACCAAAUGACCUGUUCAGCACAAGAUAUUUGUUCUCCUGUAACAGUAAAUAUACAGCAGGAAGAGAGGGUUUACUUUUUGGAAGACAGAUUUAUUGUUGUUUUAUCUUGAUUUAUGUAAAUGUAUGUUUACAAAAUGAUUUACAGUACCUGUGUUGGUUGUAGCUGAAUAUCCUGAAAACAUGUCUAGCUAUAAACUUUGUUUACAGUUCUUUAGGUUUUCCUCUGAUUGGAUCUUUUGUUAUGUCCGUCAGCUAUUACUUUGUGUAAUUUUUAUUCUACUGUUUAAAAGGUCUUAUUAUAUUUCAGCUUAUUUUUAUCUUUUAUUUUAAUUUACUCUUAAAAUAUUAUUUUUGUCUUUUUAUAUUCCCUUUUUUUAGAUCCUGUCUCUGUCUCUCAUGUCUUUUGUAUCGCCUUGUUGAAAGAUGCUUUACAAAUAACCCAGUAGCAUAACGCUAUGUCUAAACACAGAAAUCUUCCACUGAUGCAGUGUUACAACCUGUUGACGUCCUGUAGUUAACCAUGAACCAUACUGAGCUGCGAGGUAUUUUUAUUGAACUUACCGUUUUAACCACAAACAGCCAUUAUUUUCUGGGUGGCUCAGUAUCAUUGACCGUGCCAAAAGUCCCAGUGUUUUCAGUAAAGCCCUGGAGGUAGGAACCAAAGACAGAGACUGUCCUCUCUCCCGUUACCUUUGUGUUCAGCCCGGGUCACUGGAGCACCUGCAGUUUAAAUCCAGAAAAUAACACAUUUGUUCAAUGUGUAAAUUACUGUAGUGAAGAAUUCCUUCAUAGACGGCCGGUGGCUCACACCUGUGUUGGGGGGUGGAGGAACGGCCAGACGCCUCGUGAUGCUGUAAAUGUAGAACCUGAGUUUAUUACUUAUUACCAAAUAAUAGUUAUUAUAGUUUUGUAUUUUUCAUUAGUUUUUGUUUUUAUUUUGUUUGUUAUUUUUGUUCCGUUAGUUUCUAGAGUGGGUUUGCUCAUUUCAGUUUACUUCUUAUGCUUUAAAAAUGCAGAGACUGACUCGUGUGGACAUCAAAGUCAUAUUCAUCAUUCUUCCUCAUGCUUGUUGUUACCAAAUUGACUAAAACUAAAGACAUUUCCUGUAUAUUUUUAUUUUUAGAUGAUUUAGUCAGUUUUGUCAUUUUUUUCCUAAACCUUAUUUUUAAAAUGUUUAUUCAUAACUACUUUCAGUUAUGUGUAAUAAUCUUGAUCCAAGUCUUUGCUUCAUAAUUCCAGCUGCUCUUAGUUUACACCAACUCUUGAACGUACAGUUCCACAUGGUCAUAUUAACUGUUUGAUUACACUCAUAUUCAACAAUAACUGAUUAAAAUCAUCAACACA